AUGGCUCAGAAGAUGUUCACCUACCAGAUUUUACUGCUCCUUUGCUUUUCAGCAUGGUGCAGUGCAUUGGAAGGUUCGUUCACUCUUUCCAUUUCUCCUUCUCGACGGGACACAUGCCGUCGCCGUCCUCAGACCACUAGCACUUUCCUUGAACCCGAGCCAACUCAUAUCCACUCUUUUGAUGCGUUUUCCUCUUCUGCUUCCGUCAUUUCUUCCCAGUUGGAGGAGGCCACUUCAGCCUCUACUACUGUUUCUGGCGUUGUGCAAUCAGCACCAUCCAAUGUAAAUCCAGUGGUUUGGGACUAUCAAUCGGCAACUUUCAGCUCGUUGGAAUCCAGCUAUUCCCCUGACGUACCUCUGGCUGCGUCAUCAAGCUCAACAUCGGAUCUCUCUCAAUCGACGUCACUUUCGUUGGACUCUUCUACAACAUCGUAUUGGGCUAUCUCCGAUUCGAUCUCGAGUACCAGUAAUUGGGAUAUUAGUACUUCAAGUUCUGCGUCCGCCGCAACAGAGCCCGGACACAGUACGUCAUCGUCCGAAUCUAUCUCUAUCACCAACUCGCAAACCAGUCUAUCAUCGUCUGGGGAUCAUACGCCCAGUUCCACUUCACAGCUGAUCAGUUCAUCGGUUGAAGACGUAUUGUCCAGUACCAGUUCACAGUAUAGCUACGCAUCAGCUACUUCAACGACGGUGGACACCUUGAUAGCAGCCAGUUAUUCGCAGCUAGUCACUACCACAUCCUCUGCUACACUACCGGUGCUGACGGCCUCUUCCGUGUCAUUACCUUCGUCAUCAAGCACUGCAUCAAGUCUUUUGAUACCUGCGGCUAACAAUGAUCCAGCCAUCACUGUUUCCACGGAUGGAACGAAGGACUACACAUCGAUUGGUGACGCCAUCACUUAUGCUCAGUCACGCGGGUACUCUACGGUCAACGUCCUUGCCGGCACCUACGUCGAGAAUAUUACGGUCUCAAACACAGCGGCAGUUACGAUCGUCGGUGAAACAUCCGAUUCAGCCGGCUUUUCCGGCAACUUGGUCACCGUAUCUAAUGGCGGAAAUACCGCAACAACGCUGAAUUACGCCGUCGCUGCAAAAGGCAUUACAUGGAAGAACGUCAACUUUCUCAACACGAACGCCUCAUCAGCAGCUGGAGCCGUUUACCUUCGUGGGUCUAAAAACGCUUUUUACUCCUGCAAGUUUAUCGCCUCAGGACAAGUCGCAAUCAACGGAGCUUAUGCAUCGGCUAUCAUUGCCAAUUCCUACAUUGAAGCCACGGACAAAGUUGUCUACUCAUAUCCGUCUUUGUACAUAUAUGGCUCGACGAUCACCGCCACUAGCUCCAGCGCAAACUUGGUGUACAACAAAGGAGGUACCUAUACUUCUGGCACCACCAGCACCCUGUACAAUUCGACAAUUGUGUUUGAUAGCUGCAGCGUGGUUCAAAAGGCCGGGGUCACAAACAGCAAUGUCUUCUUGGCUGCGGCAAAUGCUGCUGGAUCAGUUGUGCUCUACCGUGACUCCGCAUUGGCUGGCUUCAUUGCCGCCUCUGGAGCACAUGUGGACGCGACGACGCAAGACACCAGAAACAAAUAUAUAGAGUUCGGGACGACUGGUACAGGCAGCUACCUGAACAAGGCCUCCGUCCGAUCGCAGUAUGUUUCGUGGGUCACGGAUGUCACUCAACUCAGCGUAUACGACAUCUCCAACUUCUUCGCCACCGCGUAUCCCUCCGUCGCUCACGACCUCAACUGUCUCAUCAACGACAAUGAGCUCAACAACCUCGUCAGUGCUCAGCUUCUCAACUUCCUGGUCUUCGACAGAGACCGAGUCACUAUUACCUGCGUCUUCAAGUGCGUCUUCAGCAACGUAUUCCUCAGGCUCUGCGCCCUUGGGAAGUAUGUCUUCAAGUGUAUCUUCAACAACGGAGUCCUCGGUUUCUAUAUCCUCGCCCUCUGUGUCUUCGACUUCGGCGUCGUCCACAGUCCAGAUUUCAACAGUAACAAGCUCUACUUCCGCAUCGGUCUCGGCUUCUUCGACGUGUCUCCCAGUCUCGAUGCCAAGUACUGCGUUGAUACGAUUGCUGCACUCCCUGCCGACUCUUCGACACAGUACAUUUACAUUCUUGCCGGCACAUACACGGAGCAGGUCACACUCUCUCGGACGGGAACAACUAUCAUUCGCGGUGAAACCUCAAACUCUUGGUCAUCAUCUUCCAACAUGGUUACGAUCCAGAAUAAGGCUGGGGUUUCCUCCAGUGCUGGUGGAUCCUCUGGCACUGCAGUGUUCUCAGCUAGCAAAUACGAGGCCAAACUGGUGUCCUUCUAUAAUGUCAACUUCGAAAAUACUUAUACCCCAACGACGAACUAUGUCGCACUUGGUGUAUACGCAAAGGGAAAACAGGUUGCGUUCUAUGGUUGCAACAUCAAGUCGUCGCAAGGGACACUGUACUUUGACUAUGGUGCUUUUUUCUUUUCUGGUGGACGAAUCCAAGGAACAACAGACUUCAUCUGGGGCCAGGGCGCGGCAUAUAUCUACAAUUCGGUUAUCGUCUCCUCUGGCACAUCCACAGGCCAGACCAUUGCGGCACACAAGUACCAGGGAUCAUAUGGCCGCUCACAAUUUGUAUUCGACACCUGCGCUAUGGUACCAGCGGAUAAUUUGGUGCCUACAGGAAGUACAUAUCUUGGCCGAGACUACAGUACCAAUUCUUCUGUUGCCGUCGUCAACUCUUACCUGGAUUCUCAUAUCGCCGCAGCUCGUUGGAAGAUAUCUGCAGCCUCGACCUUUGUGGGCACUUUUGUUGAAUCAAACAACACUGGGCCAGCCUCAAGCGUCGCCCGUGUCCGAGCCGUCGCAGAUGGCUCUGUGUAUACUGUAGCCAAUGUCCUUGGAGAUGAUAGUUGGCUGGACACCUCCGCCAUCGCUCCCUUCUCUGGAUGGCCUGAUUCGAUCUAUACCCAGGCAUCGACAACAUCAUCGACGGUGGCUCCUGCCACUGUGACAGGCUCUGCUUCUUCCACGGCUUCCGUGUCUACUUCUUCCGUGGCGUCCACCUUGACUGUUGCACCAACACCUACAGUUGGCCAAUACGGGAGUGUUGCUUCUGCCAUCGCAGCGCUCCCAAGCGACGGCCUGGCGUACACGAUCUACAUCUUGGCGGGUACGUAUGAGGAGCAGUUCAACGUUACCCGCCGUGGGAAAGUUACACUUCGUGGUGAAACUACUUGGGCUAACGACUUCACACGGAACACGGUUUUGAUCCAGUUCAGCGAUGGUGUAUCCACGAGCGCUAACGCUAAUGAGCAAACUCCUAUCAUCAACUGGAAGAACACCAACGCAGAUGGUCUUGCGUUGUACAAUAUCAACUUCACUAACACAUAUCCCCAAACGCCGAGCACGGCUGCUCUUGCUGCCGACUUCUACGGCACUAAUAUGGCAGCCUAUGGAUGUGCUUUCAAGGGUUUCCAGGACUCGCUCCUCGUGAACCAGGGCGUCCAGGUCUUCAGCAACUCGUACGUGGAGGGCAGCGUCGAUUUUAUUUGGGGCUACAGCAAAGCGUACUUCCAUCAAUGCUACAUUGCGUCGAACACAGCAAAUGCGUACAUUACGGCACAAAACCGUCCAAGUGCUAGCUGGGCUGGUGGUUUCGUAUUCGAUCGCUCAGUCAUCACUUAUACUCCCAGCUAUGGCACUACGUACAGCUCAACCUAUCUGGGCCGUCCUUGGUCUCAGUACGCAAUCGUUGUUUACAUGAAUUCGUUCCUGGAUCAGCAUAUUGCAGCUGCGGGCUGGAGUACCUGGGCGACGAGUGAUCCUCGUACUACGAACGUGCUGUUUGGCGAAUUCAACAAUACUGGUGCUGGGAACUGGACGAGCUCCCGGGCAAGCUUUGCAACCCAGCUGACGGAGUCUCAAGCUUCGUCUUAUUCGUUGACUAGCUUCAUUGGGAGUACCAGCUGGCUAGACAUGGCAGCCUUUAAUUACGCACCAAGCUACAGUCUCAGCUCUGGCGCAAGUGCUACUACCAGCCCGUCGAACCAGACCACACCAACAGUCACUUGGACUCACCCCACCUCUGGUACUUCGCCUCCAGCGGGCGCAGUUCUCGUCUCUGUAAAUGGAAUUAUCCCUGGUUCAUACACCAGUCUGACUGAUGCGUUGGCGAGCCUCCCCGCCGAUACGACAACCCAAGUCAUCUUCAUGUAUCCAGGAACUUACAAUGAACAGCCACCGGCCGUCAACCGCGCUGGCCCUGUUAUCAUUAUGGGCUAUACGAGCGAUGCUCCUGGGAGAGCCUACAAGACCAACCAAGUGACCAUUACGCAAGCUCGUGGGCUAUCUGUCAGCCCUGUUCCUGUCGGCCACAGCAACGCUGAGACCGCAACCUUCUCAACAGCAAGUUCCAAGAUUUCCAUGUAUAACAUCAACCUUGUCAAUUCAGACAAUUCGGAUGGCUCAAAAGCCAGCUACGUUACUCUCGCUGGCAGCAUCUACGGCAACAAAAUUGGUUUCUACGGCUGCUCAUUCGUUGGUUGGCAAGACACGCUACUGACUGGUGCCACAAAUGGAUAUCAGUACUAUGAGUCUUGCUACAUCGAGGGCGCUAUCGAUUUCAUCUGGGGUUACUCCAAGGCGUACUUCAAAGGUUGCACCAUUGGCGCCAAAAAGGCCAAGUCUGCGGUGACUGCUCACAGUCGGUCCAGCUUGUCAGCAAUUGGUGGUUAUAUCUUUGACCAAUGCCUUUUCACUGCUGCAGAGGGAUUCACCACUGAUUUGACUGGAACGGUCUAUCUUGGGCGUCCGUACUCAAAGUAUGCCCUAGUUGUCGUGAAAAACAGCUACCUUGAUAACACAAUUCAACCAGCCGGCUGGAAAGUGUGGUCUUCCACGGAUCCGCGAACUGAUUACAUUACAUUCGCCGAAUACAAUAACGCAGGCCCUGGCAACUGGGAGAACAAUGUGGCUGCGCGACAAGCCUUCGGAAAUAGCACACUUCUCACAAGUGAUACGUACUCUUUGGCCACCGUCAUGGACAGCACCGACUGGAUUGAUAUGACCUAUUGGGACAGCAUCGUAACGCCCACCCCCUCAGUCACGAACACCACAUCGCCUGUCACGCCUGUAGCAAACACAACGACGCCUUACGACGGAACCAACCCUCCUGCUGGAGCGUUCAUUGUAUCGAAGACUGCUAUCCAGGGGAUAACAACGUAUGAUACUAUUCAGUCGGCGCUGGACGCACUCCCAACUUCCAGCUCUGCCAAGGCUACCAUCUUCAUAUACCCUGGCGUUUACGAGGAGCAGCUGAUUGUGAAGAAAUCCGGAACUACUACCCUGCUGGGCUAUAGCGCGUCACCCGGUGACUACUCACAGAACCAAGUGACCAUCACGUACAACAAGGGAAUUGACACCCAGGCGGAUGCGUCUAAUUCUGAUUCUGCCACCGUUUACGCCACCGGUAACUUCUUGCAAGCCGUCAACAUCAACUUUGCCAAUACCUUCGGCAAUACACAGAAUUAUGCCUCCCUCGGAUUUGGCGUGAAGAGCAGCAAGUACGCUUCGCUCUACGGUUGCCAAGUAUUUGGUGGCCAAGAUGCAUUGCUCAUCAAUGGCUACUUCUUUGCGUCGAAUUCGUACAUCGAAGGCAAUAUUGAUAUGAUUUGGGGCUCUGGAGCUGGCUACUUCCUCAACUCCACCAUUGCACCAAACAAAGACGGCAUCGCACUCACUGCAAAUAAGCGAACCAACAGCACAACUGCUGCUGGAUUCGUCUUUGAUCAAUGUACCGUGAAACCAGCUGCUUCUGCGUCGUACUCGGCCAUUUCGCUCGGCCGUCCCUGGAAUCAAUAUGCCCGAGUUGCGUACAUCAACAGCUACCUGGACUCUUGCAUUGAGGCUACAGGUUGGGACUACUGGACAAAGACGGAUCCUCGCACCUCUGGUGUGUUGUUUGGUGAAGCUGGUAAUUACGGCCCUGGUGCAUCCACUGCAAGCCGCGCCUCCUUCGCGACGCAGCUGGACGCUUCCACUGCUGCCCAGUUCCAGCUCUCCAGCUUCUUCACGUCAACCUCUUGGAUAAACACAACGUAUGUAUGGGCAACACCCUUCGCUGCAUCAAGCGUUCCAUCGCCCAUUUCAAGCUCAGCUUCCAUCUCUUCGAUCUCCUCGACCUCAGCCUCCACAUCAACGGUGUUCACUACUUUCUACACUACAAGCGUAUCAACCUUGAAGCAGACGGCUUAUACGACUGUGACCGCAGCCGACAAGACUGUCAGUAACAAAGUCACUAAUACUUUGGAUGUCGGGACAACAAUCACUCCAGACCCUGUUAGCAAGACUGUAUUAAUUACGAUCACGACGUCAAUCCAGAACACGGCCACAGAGCCUGACACUGUCGAGACGGUCAAGUCUACUGUCAUUGUGGAUGUUGGAACCACUGUUACACCUAAUCCCACGACCAAGACAGAUACGUCAGUGAUCACAGUCACUUCUACUGAUAUUGCAACAACGACAGCAAAAGCUGUGACAGUGAAAAGUACGUUGACAGAGACUGCGUACGCAACCAGCACCCCGAAGGCGUCGACUACAACCCAGGUUGUAGGAAGCACAGUCACUAGCACCAAGACUUCUACUCAACAGGCAGUGACCACGAUCCUCACGAUAACAGUCACGUCUGGAUCUGAAGACGCGACAACUACCAGCGCGAAGGCAACGACGACAUGGGUAACUUCUGUGACGACAACUACGAAGACGGUCAAGAGUACCACAACACUCUCGUGUACGCCCACAAGCUCAAUCAAACGUAGAGGCAGAGAAGAAGCCUUCUUGCAAGCACGAGAUGCAAUUGUAAAGACGGUUACGGUCACUGUUCCGUCUCUGUACACAACGACAGUGGCAACUGCAACUAGCACCGUUUCCGGUACCACCGUAACCACAGAUAUCGUCACCACGCGUACAGUCGGCAAGACUUCCACACUCAAGCCAGUAACAAAUACGGAAACAUCGUCUGUCACCGUGUUCAAGAGUUCGACUACCACGGUGCCGGGAUCCACGCUCACCACGACGUCCCUGGCGACAAAGACUACUGGCAAGACCUCGGUACUGAAGGCGAGCACCGUGGUCGUGACGGGCGUGACAACGACCACACAAAUCGUGAAGUCAACAAUCACUCUUCCCGCCCAGCCGAUCACUAGCCUAGCUACGAGCGUCCGCACCAUCACAACGGUCCUGCCUGCCAGCACUCAUACAGUGACAAGCACGAAGAAUGUGUCUGAGACCCAGAUAGUUACGCUUGAAGCCUCGACCGUGACCAAGACCUCCACGGCCAAGACAACUUUGCACCCGAGCACGACAAUUACCCAGCGGGCGACAGUGACCAAGACGACAACCGUCAAGUCCACAACGUAUACGACCAGUGUGGCCACGAGCAUCAAGAAGAACUCGCCAACAUGCGCCGCUUAG